AAUAGAUCCGCAAAGUGUAACUAAAUACAUAUCUUUAAAAAUUUUUAGCCUAUGUCAAUUAUUUUGCUAAAGUUAUUUUUUGUUUUUAUGUAAUCUUCAACAAUGUCUGGUAAUGAAAAGAGAGUAAAUGUUAAUAAACUUAUGUACAAAAGUGUAAACGAUUUGAAUAAAGUUGCAGAAAAAAUAGAAGUUGUUAUCAAAACUACCACACAAUGUACACAGAAUGAAAACAUAAAACGUACUUACCCCAGCACAAUAAAUCAUGCUUGCUGCAGCACGGUGCCAUUUUUUAAUUCUAAGGAAAUUCAAUUAUAACUCAUUGCUUUAAUAUGUUGAUUUAACUGGAUAAGAUAUUGCAAGUCUGUUAAUGAAAUCUUCAAAAAAGCUGAAACUUGUUAUAAAAAUGGAGACGAUGAGGAGGCUUAUAUGUUAUACAUGCGUUGCUAUAUUAUCUAUAAAAAAAUUCGAGAAUCUUACGAGUUUAAUAAAGAAAAGAAUACAUUUUUAUCACUACUUAAAAACUGUAAUAUAAAAGUUGCUAUAGAAAAAGCAGAAGAACUAAGUGAUCAAUUACAAAAGAGAUAUACGGAGCUGGCUGAAUGUCAAGAUAAAAGUCAGAAAAAAAAUCAGAAUGGUCUUAGCUCAAAUGAGGAUCAAUUUGACCUGAUUUUACCUGAUGUUCCAACUGAUUUCAAAAUUAGAUCUCCUGAAAAUACGCAUAUAACCAAAGAAACAGACAAAACUUCUACCAAUAAUCACAAUGAAAUUAAUAAUCCUUCAUCUAGUAUAAAUCUUGUCAAGAAAACUUGUACAUUUAUUUCUGUUAAUAAACUUUAUGAAAUUCUAAAGGAUUGCAAAAGUGACCCACAGUCUACUUUAUUAAUUGAUGUGAGACCAGUUGAGGAAUACAAUGAAGCAAGUAUUUGCCAUCAAUGCAUGAUUAAUGUGCCCGAAAAUAUUUUAAAAACCGGUGCAAAUGUUAAUACAAUUGAAAUGAAGCUAAGUAAAGAAACAUGGGAGUUAUGGAAAAGUCGAUUUGAAAAAAAAAACGUAGUUAUCAUCGAUUAUAAUUUAAAUGAAGAUUUGUUUACACCAACAUGUCCCGUUAAAAUUCUUUCAGAUGUUUUGCUUAAGUUUGAGGGUGGUUUUCAAUUGUUUGCUGUAUUAGGUGGUUUUAAAGAAUGGCAUUUAUCUUAUCCAGCACUUACAACAAAUCCUACAUACUGCAAACUUCCUCAAAAUAUGACCUUUAAUCAAGAUUUGCUAAGUCUUGUAAAAGAUCUAUUAUAUCCAGAGCUUAUUUUUGACAAAAAAAAAGAUGAAACAAAAAUAGUUGAUACAUCUUCUGUGGCUAAUUUUAUGAGACCUGAUGAGAUGCAUGACAAAAAUAAUACUGAAAAGGAAAAUUACAUUGAAAUACCUGUUGAAAAUCAAACAAGAAGUAAAAAUGUAACUGAUAAUAGUAAUUCACAGAUAUCUUUAUCUGAAAUAGUUCCAAAUAGCCAAAAAUCUGAAGAGUCUAAAACUCAUUUUGACAAAAAACAUUCCUCACUUGAAUCCUCUUCAUUAAAUUUAGUAUCUGAUAAAAAUCUAAUUAAUAAUAGAGAUAUAAAGGAGAAUGUAGGUAAAACUAUUGUAGAUAUUAAAGAGAAUAUAAUUAAAACUAUUGUAGAUAUCAAGGAAAAUGAAGACAAUCCUAUCAGUAAUAAUAAUAUGAAUGGAGAUAAUACCAUUAGAAAUAAUAAUGGGAAUAGAGAUAAUACCAUCAGAGAUAAGUCUUCAGUUGAAAGAAUUUCAGAUAAUGACCCUAUAAAUAGUUAUAUUAAUAAAAAAGAUAAUUUUGUUUCCAGUAUGCCAACUAAUCUAGAUAAGUUACUAUUGACACAACCAGUUGUUGGGUUAACCACAUCAGAUAAACUCCCUGUUAAUGUCACAUCUCAUAUAUCUCCUCCAAUAUUGCCAGUAUCAUCAAACACUUCAACACAACAUCUAACUAACAUCCAAAAUUUAACAUUACCAGAUAAACCUAAAGUUUCCUUACAGCCAAAGUUUAAAGCCAAUUCUGAAAAUCUUGCUGAACAAGGUAAUUCUGUUCCUAAUGUUUCACUCAUAGCUACAUCACAUCCUGUAAUUACUGUUCCUUCCAUGAUUCGACAAAUAAAUCCAAAUAUAGGUCUUUUAUCUCCUCAAGUUAAUGCCAUACCUAACGUAAUGGUUCAAAGCUCCCUGGAUUUACCUAAACAGGGUGAAAAUAAUAAUAGUUCAAGUGUUCCGGCUGCAUUUGUUCCAAAGCAGUUUUCCACCAAUUCUCUUCCAGUUCAAAAACCUAAAUGCCUUGCUACCUUAGGUUUACCAAAUGGCUGGGAAAAAGCUAUUAGCCAUGACACUGGGAGAGUUUAUUAUAAAGACCAUAACACUGAAACAACCCACUGGGAGUUGCCUAUAGAAGUUCAACAACAAAUGUUAACAAAACCAGUACCACGAAAAGAAUCAAGUGUUACAAAAGCAUUUAAUGAUUCUUUUCCAGUGCCAAACAAAGUCUCCCAUAAUGAUGCAGAAUCAAAAAUGAAAAGAUCUCUCUCUUCGCCAAAUCUAAAUGACGCUAGUUCUGAUCAAUUACCAAAAUUGAAAUCGCUUCCUGUUAUAGAUCGUUUAUCAAAGCCAACAGAAAAAAAAACUGUUUUAGUUGAUAGAACAACCAAACCUGUUUCAGCAUCAAGAUUAGAAAAAUUGGCACCAAUUUAUGGGAGCAUGGGUCGAGUUUUAACUGGAUUAAAAAAUCUCGGCAACACUUGUUAUAUGAACUCUGUAAUUCAAUGUCUUGCAUGCACAUUGCCACUUGGAAAGUAUUUUACAACUGGAAUGUAUGAGAAACAUCUGAAUUUGUGCAACACUAAUGCACAUCCUGGAGAGCUAGCACGUGAGUUAGCUUUCCUUAUUAUUGUCAUAUCAGCAGGAGAAUAUCGGUCUGUUUCACCAAUUGACUUCAAAAUUGCUUUGGGUAAGUUUGCACCUGAUUUUAGUGGGUUUAAACAGCAAGAUGCUCAUGAACUUUUGAUGUUUUUUAUGGAUGGACUUCAUGAAGAUGUAAACAAAAUUGUAAAAAAGGAAAUAAUUAAAGUGAAAGAAACUGAUAAUUUAUCAGACGAAAUAGCUGCUGAUAUUGCAUGGAAAGAUUACAAGCUAAAUAAUGAUUCAGUGAUUGUUGAUCUAUUUCAGGGUCAAUUUCGCAGCACAGUGACAUGUUUAAGUUGUAAUAAACGUUCAAAAACUUUUGAUGCUUUUAACUGCUUGCAGCUGCCACUGCCAAGUAAUCAGUCUACAACUCUUGAGAAUUGUAUUCAAACAUUUACAAAAGCUGAAAAAAUUGGUGGGAAUGAUAGUUGGAAGUGUUCCAAUUGCAAGAGAUAUCGAGAAGCAUCUAAGACUAUUGAAAUAUGGAAAUUACCUCCUGUUCUUAUUAUCCAACUUAAAAGGUUUCACUUUGAUGGUCGUUGGCAUAAUAAAAUUCAAACUACAGUUAACUUUCCAAUGCAAAAUUUUAAUAUGUCCAAAUAUAUUGUCGCGCCACAAUCAAUACAUACUAAGUAUCAUCUUUAUGCAGUGAUUAACCAUUAUGGAAGUUUUGAAUCAGGUCAUUAUACUGCAAAUUGUGUAAAUCCUUAUUACGAAAAAUGGUAUAAUUUUGAUGAUAGUAUUGUUAAAGAGAUUGAUGUAAAUUCUAUAAAGACGAAUACUGCAUAUCUCUUGUUUUACACAGCAGUAGACUUCAAAGAAUAUAUAAAACGUUGAAAUUGUCUAAAGUAAAAUUGUAAAUAUAUGUAGCAUAAGAUUUUGUAUUAUGAAUUAUAUUCCCAUUACUAAGUUUAUUUA